CGACAAACGAGUUCCAGUGAAAGGCGGAAAAUGUCGAUGAAUAUCACUCUCCGUCUUUAAGAUCAAAAAAAAGGAAAAAUAUGACUAAAGAAGAACAAAGGAAAAAUUUGACAGGCAAUGUCGAUCCGUCUGACACCAUUCCAUCGUCUGUUGAAAUCGAAGAACUUCAACGAUGCUACUGCCGGCGUCUACAACAUUCUUUAUUUAUGUCUCUGCUUAUUGUCUGUGUCAUCUAUGGAAUUAUCUUUCUUAUAAUAACCGUUUUUGUCUACGAACAUGAUUCCACUGCAGAUUCUGUUCGAAUACUUACUUUGGUGAUAUCCCUUUGUGUGUUAUUUAUAGUGUUUGUCAUCCUCCUACCACUUCAGGACACAUUCCAGAGAUGCUCUCACGCUUUGUCUUUCCUCAUAUGGUUAUGUUUCCUUGUUGUUAUUUCGGUGUUUUCUUUCAGCAAAUCUUUAAGGACUGCAUCAGACAAUCUUCUUCCCGUAUACAUGAUCGUGUUCGCUACGUAUGCAAUGCUACCUAUGCCUCGGCUCAUAGCUGGAACCACUGCAUUGUUUACAGCUAUAUCUCAAAUUGCAUUAGAAGCAGCUUUGGCUAAUAGGUUUACAGAUAAUUUAAUUAAAGAGGUUGUAGUCAAUUGUUUAUUUCUUUCGUGUGCAUUGUGUGCUGGGCAUUUUCACCGAAGAAUGGCUGACAAUGAUCACGAGAAGACUUUCGUGGGGACAAACAGCGUUAUCGAAUCGCGUAUCAAAUUAGAAUACGAGAAAGAACAACAGGAGCAACUUUUACUAAGUGUAAUUCCGGCUUAUAUAGCUGCUGAAGUAAAACGUAGCAUUAUGCUAAAGAUGGCAGAUGCGUGCCAAACGAAACCUCAUUCUAAACACAGAUUUCAUGAAUUAUAUGUUCAACGUCAUAAUAAUGUUAGCAUCCUUUAUGCAGAUAUUGUUAACUUCACUAAACUGUCAGAACAACUUUCUGCUUCAGAUCUUGUCCGAACUUUAAAUGAACUAUUUGGUCGAUUUGAUCAGAUAGCUCAGGAGAACCAGUGUAUGAGAAUAAAGAUUUUAGGAGAUUGUUACUAUUGUGUUUCGGGAUUACCAGUUUCAAGACCCAAUCAUGCCUACAAUUGUGUUAAGAUGGGAUUAGAGAUGAUCGAUGCUAUUAAAGUUGUUCGCGAAGUUACCGAGAUAAAUGUUGAUAUGAGGAUAGGAGUUCAUACUGGUAACGUUUUAUGUGGAGUAUUAGGACUAAGAAAGUGGCAAUUUGAUGUGUGGUCUGAUGACGUUACUUUAGCUAACCACAUGGAAGCGGGUGGAGUACCCGGGCGAGUGCACAUAACCAAAGCGACAUUGGAACAACUAGAUGGAAAAUUUGACAUAGAAGCUGGAGAUGGUUAUCAAAGAGAUCGAUACCUUUCUGAUCAUCAAGUCGAAACUUAUUUGAUCAAACAGCCUCGGAAGUCACAAGAGGAAACGGACCAAAUAAUAGUUAAUUCUUCGGCUGGAUCAUCACGAUUGAGAUCUACUUCUAAGAUGCAUAAAUACUUCGAAUGCUGGGGAGCCGAUAAACCUUUCGCUAAUAUUUCCGAAAGUACUCUAGCCAAAAAUAUUCGAAUAACGAGCAUCGCUCUGAUUGAAAACAAUCUGCUACCUGGAUCUGGUUCAGUACUGAAUUGCAGAAAGUGCAAGUCUGACGAUGAUCUUAAUCCAGUUUUUCUGUUUUUCAAACAAGCUUCUAUCGAAAAUCAAUAUAACAACCAACCUCAAGAUCAAUAUGCUUGGUAUAUGACGUGUUCAUUUGCACUUUUCCUAAUGAGUGGCAUAAUUCAGUUGAUACUAUUUCCAUUGUCCGUGACAUUAAUUGGUUCGUUAGCUUCUACAUUAGUUGUAAUGGGAAUACUGACAACAGCUUGUGCCGUUCAGAAAUACCAAAGUUUGAAUACCUCCGAGACAUCUGACAGAUGCUGGCCAAAAAUCGCUUCCAGUUGCAUUUUAAGGAUGGCUUUUUUCAUUAUUUCGAAUUUAUUUGUUUUAGCUACUGUCUUUGUAAAUUUGACGACGUGCGAUAUCGAUUCCAGAGAGUCAAUCCAUGUCUUAGAAGAAACUUCCCAAAUUCCUUCAGAUAAUUGCAACUAUACCCAGCCUCAUGUAUUUCCUGCUGUUCUAUAUCUGACCGGAGUGUCUGUCUUCCUUCGAGUCAACUUCUUGUUAAAAUUGGUAAUCAUGUCUGCCGGCGUAGUGACUUUUGCUCUCGCCUUUCAUGUCAUUCGACCCGAUCUUUUCUCAGGAUUUUUGGAAGAAGGUGAAGGUUUGGUUAAUGUUCCCAUGUCCGUACACACGGUGCUUUUUUUGGUGAUGAUUACCGUAAUCUUUCAUGUAUUAGAUAGGCAGAUUGAAUAUACAAGCAGAACCGAUUUUCUUUGGAGAAAUAAACUGAAAGUAGAGCAAGAUGAAGUCGAAACCAUGGGAAGCAUUAAUAAGAUUUUGCUAGAAAAUUUUCUCCCCGAACAUGUUGCUGAACAUUUCUUAAUCACAAAUCGUCAAAUGGCUGAUUUAUAUCACGAAACGUACAGCAGUGUGGCUGUUAUGUUUGCUUCUAUUCCCAAUUAUAAAGAGUUUUACGACGAAAACGAUAUUAACAAACAAGGACUCGAAUGUUUGAGAUUGCUGAACGAAAUAAUCUGCGACUUCGAUAAGCUUUUAUUGAAGCCGAAGUUCAGUUGCAUCGAGAAAAUUAAAACAAUUGGUAGUACUUAUAUGGCAGCGGCUGGUCUUCAGCCAGGAAAAGAUGGAGGAGAUAAACCAAGAGAGAGUCAUAGUGUCAUUUCUUUAGUCGAAUUCGCUUUAGCCCUUGUAAGUGUCCUGGAACAAAUCAACAGAGAAUCUUUUCAGAGAUUUAGACUAAGGAUCGGAAUUAAUCACGGACCGGUGAUUGCAGGAGUCGUUGGUGCACAGAAACCACAAUACGACAUAUGGGGGAACACGGUCAAUGUUGCGAGUAGAAUGGAUAGCUGUGGUGUUAUCGGACGAAUACAGAUGACCGAGGAUACGGCCAAAGUAUUGAUAGAAAAUGGAUACGACUGCGAGUGUCGCGGUUCUGUGUAUGUAAAAGGGAAAGGAAAUCUUACUACUUACUUUCUGGUAGAAAAAUUAGAAUUACAUAGCUGAAUCAUUAUCAUCUCUAUUUUUCAUUUAACUGUGUAAAUGUAUAAACCAAUCAAAAAUUUCAUUUGACAUCGUAUUGUAUGGAACGUAAAUUUUUAUAUGUAAAAUGAUUGCACAAAAAUGUUCAACUAUGCAUCAAUAAUGUAUUUUGUGAUGAGUGAAAAAAAUUAUUUUUGUUGCCUGGUAAAAUUAACGCUUUAAUGUUUCGUGAUGUGUUUGAGAAUAAUCGACACGACCACACAAUGGUUAUUAUCGAGAAGACAAUCGACUAUUUUUAUCACAAUGGUAUCUCCUGAUACGGGUUUUCUAAAUUUAAAAAAAGAAAAUUAAAAAUUGUAAUUUACGGUGUAAAAUGAUAUUUUAAGAUUUUUGAGAUAAGGAUAGCGUUUACUGCUUACGUGCAAUUCGAUUUGAUAAUCAAAAACGUUGUUAUAUUAAAAUGUUAAGUGUUACGCACUUUAUAAAUCAUUCCUUUAAUACAUAUUGCUGUUAUGUCUAUUAAUAUUAAUUUGUUACAGGGAUAUUACUCUAUGUUAUAAUUUGGUGUUGAUGUUAUUGGACUAUUCUUUACUGACACAUGAUAUAGAAAAGAUAAAUAUUACAGUAUUACAUAUCAAUAUAACAGCACUGUACUUAUAAUUAAGUACAUGCUUCAUAUUUAUAACAAGUAAAUGUUACAUUUCAAAUUUGUAAUGCAUUCUUAAUAACAA